GUUCGAUGCGGCUGAUGGCGCUUCAUCACCUCGCCACCUCACCACCACGUAGAGCCUCGCCUUCCCUCCAAGGUCAACUUGGCACCAGCGGUCUCGCUGCCAGGCUCACCCACGUCGAUUCGAAUGAAGCGGCAAAAGCGCUGUCAUUGGGAAGAUGAGUGCAUGCUGCAGCGCACCUGCGCUGCUAAGCAUGCUUCCGAUGAGCAGAGCACAUCCACCUCUGGACCACUCUUCGGCCGCCCUUCGAGCAGUCUCAAUCCUGCGCCAAAUCCCCGUAGACAGCGGGCUUACGGGCAAGCACUGCCCCACACGCACCCUCAUCUCUUUCCACGUCGCGCGGACUGGCCUGCUCCUCCCGAUGCUCUGCACGCUUCUGCCGAUGGGGCGGCCUCGGGCUUUCAAGUUGCAGAUGACGAGCUCACACCUGGUAUCACCGCUCAAGAGUACCAUGAAAGGCGAAAGAGGCUGUGCGAAAAGCUGCCAGAGAACAGUGCCGUGCUGGUGAUGGGCGGGCGUGUAAAGUGCAUGAGCGGCAACAUCUUCUAUCGUUUUCGCCAAGAUUCCAGCCUGUGGUACCUGACCGGCUUUCAAGAACCGGACUGCGCGCUGAUUUUGCAUCCUCGGGCCAGCAGCCCAAAGGGUUACAAGAUGACCAUGUUUGUCCCGCCCAGGGAUGAGCUCAAUGAGCUGUGGAAUGGUGCGAGAACGGGCAUAGACGGAGCGGUUGACAUUUUCGGCGCGGACGAGGCCUUUGCGAUGGAGCCAGCGUCGCUGCUCGCCCAUCUCAAGUCCACAGUGCCCGAAGUCGAUCACCUCUACAUGGACUGGCCUUCAGGACCGACGUUCCCGCGCACACCAUCACGGCGCUCCUCGCUAAUUGGUGGAGGAGCAUCUGGAAACAUUUUCGACUUUCUCUCCCCCACUUCGGCCUCCCCAUUCGACGCCUUUGCCAAGAAGUCCGACUUUGAAAAUGUCGUCAAAGUGCUUCAGGAGGGCAGAAAAGUCCGACCCCUGGCGCCGAUGCUGGACCAAUUGAGGGUGAUCAAGUCACCUGCAGAGCUAAGAAUUAUGAAGAGGGCUGGGGAUGCCAGCUCUGCAGCCAUGAUACACGCCAUGAGAGCAACAUCUGCAGGUAGGACAGAGGGGCAAAUCCAGGCCGUCUUCGAGAGAGAGACAGCGCUCAGAGGGGCACAAAGACCAGCCUACGUCCCUGUGGUUGCGUGUGGGAAGAAUGCCCUGACAAUCCACUACGUCGCCAACGACGGGGUCUUGCAGCCCGGAGAGCUGGUCUGCAUGGAUGCCGGGGGCGAAAUGGACGGUUAUGUCAGCGAUAUCACGCGAGCUUGGCCGGUGGAUGGAAGCUUUACAAGCGCGCAAAAGGAUCUGUACUCGGCUGUGCUUGGUGUUCUGAAGCAGUGUACAGCGCUCGCCACCCCGUCGUCGGCCUACUCCCAAGCCCAGCUACAUCGCAGAUCAGUCGAGCUCCUCUCUCAAGAGCUCAAGAGGCUGGGCUUCGACACGAACAAGGGCGGCGUGAUGGAUUUGCUUUAUCCCCAUAGUCUGUCCCACUGGAUAGGCAUCGAUCUGCACGAUACGCCAAGCAUUGAUCGUUCCACUCAUCUCAGGCAAGGUCACGUCUUGACCAUCGAGCCUGCAGUCUACGUGCCCUUCGACAGUCGAUUCCCAAAACAUUUCCAAGGAAUGGGCAUCAGGAUAGAAGAUGAUAUUGCUGUGCUCGAAGAGGGCAACGUGAUACUGAGCGCAAAUACGCCGAGGGAAAUAGAGGAUGUGGAGGCCACGUUCAUCGAAAACUGA